UGUAAUUACAACUGGCUAUAUUCCCAGAAACAGAGCAGACGCUUGAGGUGGGUCAUUUUGCGAGAUCCGUGAAGUGGAGAAAUAGCGGCCUUGGAGGACGGCUAUAUAACCGGCAAGUCAGUGGUCAUCUUGUUAUAAAAGUUCUUUGUGUGUGUGAACAACAUCACUGGUAAAUCGCGAUACUUCUGCUCAACACGUUACGCUCGUACAACUGAAAUGUACAGUUUCACAUUUUUUGCGCUUCUCGGAGCGUUUCUAGGAUGCAGUCUCACUCCAGAAACAUUCGCUCUACCUCCUAGUAAUGUUGCCUCGAGGGCACGUCUCUAUGAAUUUCUUGAGAAGUACGGCUAUUUCGAUAACUUGCCCUCAAAGACUGAGGGUAAACCCCCAACCGCAGAUGAGCAACGGGAGGCGAUUGUGUCUAUGCAGCGCAUGGCUGGCAUACCUACGACGGGGGAAUUGGACGAGAAGACGGCUGAAAUACUACGCAAGUCCCGCUGUGGAGUCAAAGACGGAAAUCCCCGUGACAUAGUGAAGCGGCCAGACCAAGACCAACGUGAGAGGCGGUAUUCAGUGCUAGGCGACCCGUACAAAUGGAUGGACAAGACAGAUCUUACAUACAAAGUAAUGAACUACCCCGGUGAGAAUUCGCCAGACUUGACUCGCGAGCAAGUGGACCAAGGCAUCCACGCCGCCUUCAAGGUCUGGAGUGACGUCACACCACUGACCUUCACCGAGAUCCACUCCGAUGACGCGGACAUCAGGAUUCUGUUCGGCGGCAGGGCGCACACCAGAGUCCCGGGAGAUCCUCCAUUCGACGGCCCCGGUGGCACACUCGCCCAUGCCUUCACCCCAAACUCGGGAUGGGGAGAGACCGACGGAGAUGUACACCUUGACGACGACGAAACCUUCACUGAAGGUGUUUUCAGAGGCACUAACCUGUUCUACACCCUGGCACACGAGAUCGGCCACGCCCUCGGCAUGUUCCAUUCUGACGUAUCGGAUUCCCUCAUGUGGCCCUACGACCGUGGCUACAUCCCUGACUUCAAGUUACCCGAGGACGACAUCUUGGGAAUCCAGGCUCUCUAUGGCCCCAAUCCCGACCCAACUGCAUCAACACAGCCUCCAGUGACCGUGAACCGUCUGUACUGCGAAAACACGUUCGGUGCCACAGCUUUCAUUGACAACGAGUAUUUCAUGUUCGGGGGUGGUCUGAUGUGGCGGUUCGACUCUGAUCGCAAUCUCCUCUCUCCCCCUGAGGGUCAAUCUCCGCGGGACAUUUUCCCCAAAUUUCCGGCCGAUGUCAGGGCUGUCUAUCACGAAGGAAGAAGUGGCAACGUUAUUGUACUCAAAGCAAGGAACUACUGGGUGUACGAGAAGUCAUCGUCCUGGACUAAUACCUCACCUCAGUAUCAACUGAAAGACAUCAACCCGGACACAAGGACGGAUUUCCCCCAGCACGUCAGGGAACUAGGCUUCCCUAGGUCCGUUUCAGGGGUGGUCCACUUAGCGGAAGUCGGGUUCUCCUACCUAAUCAAGGGCAAGAAGGUGUUCACCUUCGAUGAGUACCGACUGGAGCUAUCCAAGACCUCAGCUAAAGUUAGCAAUGUCUUCGAAGGUGUUUCCGACAGACCAUCUUCAGCCUUUUUCGCCCAAGGUUUUGCUAACGUUCUGGUGGGACAAGAUUAUUACCGUUAUGUCUACGACUUCAAGACAUCGUCGUUUGUCGCCCUCAGUGGUUACCCAAGAAACUUUGCCGAGGAGUUUCUGCGAUGCCCUACCGCAUAAUUUUGGAGGCGGAAAAACAGACUUCAAAGCGGUAUCCAAAACCUGACUUUGGAAAGAAUGCCUUUAACAGAGACUCCUAACUGUUCAUUUUAUGUAUGUGCUCUAUGUAGUACUUACACAUGUAUGUAUUUAUUUACCGCUUGGUAAAAUAUUUAUGCAAUUUGAUAUUUAUUUCUGAUAUUUUAUUUUUAAAAAUGGAGAUUUUGAGCAAACUCUAAUUUGUGUUUAUGGUAACAUUUUAACCAUUCUUGUGGAAUCUGUGUAUGACACAAACGUAAGAGCCAAAAGGCUUAAGUACAGUGUAUAUUCAAAUGGUAAUGUAAACAUGUUGUUCAAGAACUGCCGUAAAACUUUUUCUCCUGUAUAAUUUGCACAAUUUUCAGACACAUACAUAUGUAAACAUGUCGUCGAACUUUGUUGUCCAAGUUCCAUUUCUUAUACACAUUUCAGGUUUUGAGAGGUUUGAAAUGUUACUCACGAGCGAUGAUAUUAAUGAAACCUUCUUUACAAAAGCAAAACAAUAAACACAUGAAUAUGAUA